AUGUCCACCGCCGCCUCCAAACACGAUCAACAACCCUUCCACCUCCACACCACCACCUCCCCCGCCGCCGCCGCCGGCGGCGGAACCUUCACCAUCCUCCAACGAAACCCCGCCACGUCGUCGUCCUCCUCCCCUCCCGCCACGGAGCGCCGCGGCCGGCGCAACAAGCAGGCCGAGCCGGGCCGCUUCCUCGGCGUCCGCCGCCGGCCCUGGGGCCGCUACGCCGCCGAGAUCCGCGACCCGACCACGAAAGAGCGGCACUGGCUCGGCACCUUCGACACGGCCCAGGAGGCCGCCCUGGCCUACGACCGGGCCGCCCUGUCCAUGAAGGGAACCCAGGCCCGCACCAACUUCGUCUACGCCCAGCCCAAUAAUAAUAAUAAUCACAACAACAACUUCCAUUCCCUCUUAUCUCCCUACGACCCCCACCAAAUUACAUUCAUGCCACCGCCGCCACAUCACCACCACCACCCGUUCCUCAUCAACUACCCCGCACCGAAGUACGAUAGCCCGCCCGCACCGGAUCGCAGCCCGCCGCCAGCCGGGGACCACGAUUUCCCCUCCCUCUUCCCUCCCGCUGACGUGGACGAGUCCAAUUCCGGGUACCUGGGCUGCAUCGUACCGGAUAACUGCCUCCGCCCGCCUUCCUCGGGCUCGGGAUCCUCCUCGUCCAGCAGCAACAACGGGCAGCCCAAAACGCCGUCGUUUGGUAACGCGGCGAAUUCGGGACUGGCUUUCGGCGGGGAGGAGUCGUGGUCGCCGUCGUGGGACGGGUACGAUUCCGGGGACCUGUCGGCGGUGAUCAACAGCUGCCGGACGAUGAGGGUGGAUGACGCAUGCAUGAAUCCUCUGUACUCGAGCCCUGGUGAUCAUCGUUAUGAGCGGAAUGAUGACGGCAGUGGGGCGGCGGGUUACGGCGGGCUGGCGGCGGCGGGUCAGUCGUAUGGUUCGGGGACGAGUUACGGCGGCGAGUCGGUGGAUUUCGGCUACUCGUUGUUCUAG